GUGAGAAAAUGCGGGUCCCCCUCCUUUUAAGGGACAAGAUGCCCAGUGCGACGGGACUGUGUAGUAAUAGAGCAAACCGGGGAUGAGAGAUUUCUGCGGGGAGCAAUUAUUUGCAUAAUGCAACGCGAGUCCGGGAGGCGUUUAGAGAAACUGAGGAAAGUGCGCGCGCUUUUGAGUUAAGGUGGGUGGCUGGGGGCAGUUUCCUUUGCUCCCCAAUCCUAUGCAAGCUUGCUUUAGAAGUAAGCCCCAAAGACAUCAGGCGGCACUUACUCUCGAGUAAGUGUGCACCGGAUCACGGUUUCCUUUGCAGCUUGGCUGCACUUCGGAAUAAACCCCACACAGCUCACGAGGACUUGCUCUAGAGUAAACGUGCAUAGGAUUAGUUUGCAAGCUUUUACCGCCUCAAACUUUCUAACAUCUUGGUAGUUCGUAAGAAAAGUUGGUCAGUUUAAACUAUGGAGCGAUCAGGGAGCUUCCCUAAUAGGAGGGAGCGCGGGUGGGGAGACCAGUUUUUCUUCUAAAAUGGGCGUGAGGUGUUUUUUUCCUCUGGAUUUAGGGCUAUAAAAUGGGGCAGUCAGCCUGUGGAUCUUUCCAUUGCUGGCGGGGUGUGUGUACCUUGCUUGGAAAAAGAGCGUCGGUCAGCCAGUGUAUAUGGCUUUUUUAAAAAAGAGAGAGUGUUUCACAACUUUAAAAUAUGGAACCAAACGUUUGAGUACAGGGAGAGGCAAAGCAAGCCCGGGCUUGCAAAUGUUGGGUGAGGUGUUAAAGAGAAUGUGAAGUCUCGUAGGCAUCUUUAUUUUUAAAAGAAAGAAGAGGUGGUAGUGGAAUUUCUGAAUGCAGGAAAAUAUACAAGUUCUCACAUGGAUUCCGGCUUAAGCAGCUUCUUACAGGGGUUGUUUUGCUCUGCAGGGCCUGCCCACUCCGGCCAUGGCAACGAUCGUGUCCGAAAAGCUCAGCCGCCUCUUCAUCAGUGCCCAGCACUUCUGGAAAGUCCCUCGGCUGCUGGAGGAGGCCCUUCCCUCAGCCUCCUGCACGGUGGAGGCAUCGGACGUGCCCCGGCUUUUCCAGAAGCCCUACAUCCAUGCCGGCUACCGGCCCCUCAACCAGACCUGGAAGUACUACUUCCUGUCGCUUUUCCAGCGGCACAACGAGGCCGUCAAUGUCUGGACGCACCUGGUGGCUGCCUUGGUCCUGGUGGUGAGGUUCUGGCGGCUCUCGCAGGUGGUGGACUUCCUAGGCGACCCUCACACGCAGCCCCUCUUCGUCAUCGCCGCCUCCUCGGUCAUCUACGCAACCUUCAGCACCCUGGCACACCUCCUGCAGGCCAAGUCUGAGUUCUGGCACUGUGCGUUUUUCUUCCUGGACUAUGUGGGCGUAGCCACAUACCAGUACAGCAGUGCUCUGGUGCAUUACUAUUACGCCAUUGAGCCCGAGUGGCACACAAGGGUUGCGGGCUUCUACAUCCCGGGAGCCAUUUUGCUUGCCUGGCUCUCGUGCGCCGGCUCCUGCUAUGCCAAAUACAGGAGCCCUCACCUCUCUUCCCUGCGGGGCAGGCUCUGCCAGGAAAUGCCCUCUGCCCUGGCGUACGCCUUGGACAUCAGCCCGGUGCUGCACCGCAUCUACGUCUCCCCUUCCUCCGGACUCACAGACGUGGCCGUUUUAUACCACAAGUGCCACGUCCUCUUUUUCCUGAUUGCGGCCUUCUUCUUUGCCUACCCCUACCCCGAAAAGUGGUUUCCCGGCAAGUGCCACUUUGUGGGCCAGGGGCACCAGAUCUUCCACGUCUUCCUGAUGCUUUGCACCCUCACCCAGGUGGAGGCGGUGCUUCUGGAUUAUGAAACGAGGCGGCCCAUCUACUCACGGCUCCACGGCGACCUGGCUCCACUUUUUUCUUCCCUAUGCCUUCUUGUGGCAUCCAUCUGCUUCUUUACGGCCCUCCUCAUGACUGCCAGAGUGCAGCGCAAACUGCAUCGGAAAGAGGAGUGAGAAGGACAGAGUGGGGGAAUAGAGGGUGGGUGGGUAUUGAUCUGCCAGUUUCCUUGUUCUCGCUUUGGGUGUGCCUGUGUCACUGUAAUUCAGGGGACUGGACAUUUUUGCCUGGCGCAGCUGGUGUUUCUUCCUAUGGUUAAGAGCACGUCGCUUGCUCCCUUUGG